AUGUCACUGGGUGGAAAGGUUGGGAAAUUGGUGGAGGAGUAUGUUGAAUCCAUGGAAAAGAUUAAGCUCAAGCAGGGGCUGAAAACUGCUAUGCGCAUUAAGGUAGAAGGGAACAGAUACUUGCAGGAAAACCAAUAUUUGAAACUUUACAAAGAAGAUAAAUUUACUUGUGCAAUUGUUAUAAGAAGUGCUGCUGGUUUAGUACACCUUCUUGCACAACUGUUAGAGCCUUUCAUGCCAUCCUUUUCUCGCGAGGUGUUUAAACAGCUAAAUUUGCCUCCACAUUUUUCACUCGAGGUAUUACAAGCAAGUCGACCUUGGGAGAUUCUGCCUCGUAGCCACAGGAUAGGCACACCUCAACCAUUGUUUGAGGAAUUGAAAGGUGAAAAAGUGCAAAGGUACAAUGAAAAGUCUGAUAGAGAUCUUAAGGAGGCAAAAGCGUCUCGUAGACAUAGACAGAAGAUUGCAGCUCGCAUUCGUAGAGAUGCGGAAGGACCAGGACAACUGGUGGAGCGGAUUAGGAGGUUACGGAGGGAGGCAUGCAGCGCUGAAACUUUAGGGGGUGAUUUGGAUGGAGGGGAACAUGCAGCUCGUAAUCGAAGGCAUUCCGAAAAACUAGCACUAGCAAAUAAUUUGGAGGAAAUUAGGAGGGAACGAUUGGAGGAGGCAUGCAGCUCUUGGAAUCGUAAGAAGUCAGGUGGAGAAACUGUAUGUGUUGAUUGGGAUCGUGGAGGUCGCAUUGUUGUGUCUUAA